AUGUCGACGACCACCGAACUCCAGCAACCCGAGUUCACCAAGCUCGAGCUCCGCACGGCCUACGGCCCCGUCUAUCGCAAUGUGUCGACCAAGCCUGCGCGUGACGCGCGGACGGACGAGAUCCCCUUGAUCGACCUCAGCCCGAUCUACGGAGACGAGGACGCCCGCAGAGGGCUCGCCCGACAGAUCAAACUCGCCGCCGAGAAUACAGGGUUCUUCUACAUCCAGAACCACGGCAUCCCGGACUCUGCCAUCGAGGGAGCCCUGAACGCGUCCAAGGCCUUCUUCGCACAAUCUGAGGACGAGAAGCUGCUCGUGUCCAAGCACAAGGGGAAAUGGUACAACGGGUACGCAGGCAACAAAUCCGGAAUGGCUAGUCCAUCAGAAGGACUGGACUAUCGGGAAUCAUUCUCCUGGCGGUACGAACCACAAUACGACCCCGAACCCAAAGAUCCUAAUGCUGUACCAGCGGAAGUGCAGCCCUACAUCCGCGGCGAGAACUACGUGUGGGAAGGCACGGCGCAUCUCCCGGGCUUCAAGGACGGCUGCAUCACCUACUGGCAGGAGUGCCUCAAACUGGCGCGACGUCUGGUCAGGAUCUUCGCGCUCAGUCUCGAUCUGCCGGAGGACUACUUCGACUCCGUGACGACGUACCCGGGAAGUGAUGGCGUGUUUAACUUUUACCCGGCCAUGUCGGCAGAGCAAGCGGCCGCGAGUCAAGAUAUCGGCAUUGGCUCGCAUACCGAUCUGCAAUGCUUCACACUGCUUUGGCAGGAUAUGAAUGGUGGGUUGCAGGUGCUGAGCCACGAGGGCGAGUGGAUCAAGGCGACGCCGCUCGAAGGCACGUUUGUCGUCAACAUUGGCGACUACCUGAUGCGGUUGACGAAUGAUCGGAUGAAGUCGACGGUUCACAGGGUGUAUAAUCGGUCUACUGUUGACAGGUAUUCCAUGCCGUUCUUCUUCGGGUUCAAUUUCAACGAGAAAUGCGGAGUCCUGCCGAGUUGCAUUGAUCAAGACCAUCCGGCCAAGUACGAGCCGAUCUCGUGUGGAGAUUGGUGUCAGCUCAGGUUCCAGCAGACCGAUGUGGAUACAAAGGUGUCUCCGUACUGA